GUCCUCCCUUUUUUCUAGCCUUCAUGAAACCUUGCUCCACUCUGCCGGUCUGCUUUUCUCUCGUCUCUCACUUUAUCAUCUCUUUAUAAUAUCUUUAUUGAGCUGCUUUUCCUUCGUGUGAUCGUCUCAUCUCCCCCCUGCUGUUCUCCGACCAGCUGUACCGGACCGAGCUCUCCAGCUGUGUGUGGCUCUCCAGUCCCGCAGGCAGGGUCGGCCAUGUUGUUGUGUGGGGGUUGAUGCAAGUUUAGUAGUAGGAAGUAGAGGCUACAAAGAGCUGGGACACUUCAGGAUCUCACUUUCUUUUUUUUUUAUUCUGCAGCUGGAUUAAUGCUCUCUGGUGACAAUGAGUGUCGCCUCCAUCCUCACAGACUGUAACGCUGCUUUCAUUUAACUUCAGCAUUAAAUCUGGCCACAGUCUCGGCUGCAGGGAUGAAGUGAGGAUGAAAGCGGUUCGGUCCCGGUUGGAAUAACUCGGAUUUUUUUUGUGUGUGUCCCGGAUCUGAUUCGGGAGGGGAAGGGGAAGAAAGGAGAAAAGACAAGAAGAAGAAGAAGAAGAACGCAUAUUUGUGAAGGCAGGGCGAGACGAUGGGCUGCAUUAAGAGCAAAGAGGACAAAGGCCCUACGAUGAAGUAUCGGCCGGAGAAUUCCGCCGUGUCAGACCCCAACUCCACCAUCACCACACCUCACAUAGGUCACUACGGACCGGAUCCCACCCAGCUGCAGCAGAACCAAGCUCCCUCCUCCUCCUCAGGCUCUGGGACUGUGAACUUCAACCACACCCUCAUGCCGUUUGGCGGCUCGUCGGCCAUGACUCCCUUUGGAGGAGCGUCGUCCUCCUUCUCCGGUCCUGUUUCCAACUCGUUCUCUGGCGCUGUCUCAAGUGGUGUUACCUUCUUUGUGGCCUUGUAUGACUAUGAAGCUAGAACAACUGAUGAUCUUUCAUUUAAAAAAGGAGACCGCUUCCAGAUCAUCAACAAUACAGAGGGCGACUGGUGGGAGGCUCGCUCCAUCAACACGGGGAGAAACGGCUACAUCCCGAGCAAUUAUGUGGCCCCCGCUGACUCCAUCCAGGCUGAAGAGUGGUACUUUGGUAAAAUGGGACGCAAAGACGCUGAGAGGUUGUUGCUAAAUCCAGGAAACCAUCAAGGGACUUUCCUAGUGCGAGAAAGUGAAACUACUAAAGGUGCGUAUUCUCUCUCCAUACGAGACUGGGAUGAAGCCAAAGGGGACAAUGUGAAGCACUACAAGAUCCGCAAGCUUGACAGCGGGGGAUACUACAUCACUACCCGAGCACAGUUUGACACGUUACAGAAGCUUGUCAAACACUACACAGAGCACGCCGACGGGCUUUGCCACAGGCUGACCACAGUUUGUCCCACAGUCAAGCCUCAGACCCAGGGGCUUGCUAAAGAUGCGUGGGAGAUCCCCCGGGAGUCCUUGCGACUGGAGCUCAAACUGGGCCAGGGCUGCUUCGGAGAGGUCUGGAUGGGCACGUGGAAUGGUACCACUAAGGUGGCCAUAAAGACGCUGAAGCCGGGCACCAUGUCGCCUGAGGCCUUCCUCCAAGAGGCUCAGAUCAUGAAGAAGCUCAGGCACGACAAACUGGUGCCUCUUUAUGCUGUGGUGUCUGAGGAACCCAUUUACAUCGUCACAGAGUACAUGGCCAAAGGAAGCUUUCUCGACUUCCUUAAAGAGGGUGACGGCAAAUUCCUGAAGCUCCCUUUGUUGGUAGACAUGGCUGCACAGAUCGCUGACGGCAUGGCUUUCAUCGAGAGGAUGAACUACAUCCACAGGGAUCUGCGCGCCGCCAACAUCCUCGUGGCCGACAACCUGGUGUGCAAGAUCGCCGACUUUGGUCUGGCCAGGUUAAUAGAGGACAAUGAGUACACAGCGAGGCAAGGAGCCAAAUUCCCAAUUAAAUGGACGGCCCCAGAGGCUGCUCUGUACGGCCGCUUCACCAUCAAAUCAGACGUCUGGUCCUUUGGGAUCUUACUCACUGAGCUUGUCACUAAAGGCAGAGUGCCCUACCCAGGCAUGGUGAACCGUGAGGUACUGGAGCAGGUGGAGCGCGGCUACCGCAUGCCCUGCCCCCAGGGGUGCCCCGAGUCCCUGCACGAGAUGAUGAAGCUCUGCUGGAAGAAGGACCCAGACGAGAGGCCCACUUUCGAGUACCUGCAGUCCUUCCUGGAGGACUAUUUCACCGCCACAGAGCCACAGUACCAACCUGGAGAGAACCUAUAGCCUGCCUUGACUCUGUUGCCUACCCCUACGCCUGAAGCACACUUGCUUGAAGACAUGAGCUCUUGAUUAUUGGACUCUAUAAAAAGUCGACUGGAAACCGGUCUAACCAGUCGCAUUAACCACUACUUGCUCUACAAGUUCUUCAUUUUGUUUAUUUUACGCUUUCAGCAACCGCAACCGUUUCAUUUUUUUGUUUUCCAUUCAUGGUACUAGGCAAGUCUUAACUGUCUGUUUGUGGAUUUUAUCACCAUGUACAAUAAUGACUGUGAUAGAAAGACUUUACUUCAAUUCAGUUAUGUUUUAAAGACACUACAUGUUGAAUUAUUUCUCAUGAACACAGUAUAUUGCUGUAAAAAAUAAAUAAGCUGUGAUAAUACCUCGCAAUAGAAACACAUAUUUCUGAGAAUGGCAGUCCAACUGUUGGGCUUUUACGUGGUUUAAUGUGGAGCUCUCGCACUCCACUCGCCUCCAAAUUGUAUUAUUUUGUGAUAAAUUGGUAAAUUAUGCAUCAAAACAAUUAAUUAUUAACAGAGAUAAUAUAUUAAACUAAUAGGGAGAAGCUCUCAGGGGACUGAUGGUCAUUACCACAGUCCAUUUGACAGUAAUUAAAUCCCACACAGCUUAACUUUAGUCACAUUUCCCCAGCUACAGUGCAAUUUUUGAUUUGUUACAAAUGGGUGACUCAAGUGAGACUGUGACAUCGUCUUUUAUGCCAUUUUGUUUAUUUCUUUUAUCAUAUUUUCGUCUAUGUUUCUUUGUUAUCGCAAGACUUUAUCACACUUGAUUCACAUCACAUGGACAUGGCUUUAUAGCUUCAUUUGAAGACUUUCCCGACGGUCCAUUAUCGUGCAGAAAUCUCUGCUUUCUAUAACAAUGUCAUAAUUCUUUCUGUCCGUCACCGCUCGGGUUGUAUAAUCUCACUGCAAUCACUACAGAGACAGGCUUACAUAAAAGCAGUGUGUAUAAUGUGUCAAUGAGUUAAACAGUGAUGUAACUCGUGGACUUGCGUCCUCUUGCCCAACCGGAAUGACUCUUCACGGAUACAUUUUACCGGUUAUAAAGCUCCUUCUAAAAGUGGAAAUCAUGAACAAAGCCACCAAAUAACUUGGAGGAGAAAAAAAACAUUUGUUAUCUUCUACAUUGUGGCUGACUGGAGCACUUGGGACUCGUUCGUGUUCAUGUGUCUAACUAAGGUGGCUCUGCAGAAACUAUUUGAAUAGCAAUUAUGUUUUUUUACAGUCAUUUUAUCUUUGCAUUUUGUUUCUGUAUGGACUCAUUGGGGCAGUAUUAUGGUGGGAAUAACACUAAUUGAUGAUUUAGCUUGAAGAGAAGGGCUUUGUAUAUUAUAAAAUCCUCAUUUUAUAAGAUUAAUAAAAUGGGACAAGAUUGCAAAUUAUAUUUGGGAGUGAGGUAGUGGGUGGAUACUCAUGUGAGGAUUUUGUAUAAUAAAGACGUGA